AUGCAGCAUUAUCAUCAAGGAUUUGGAACAAGCUAUUGCUUUGAAAUUCUUCAGCGAGGAUAUUAUAGACAGUUUGAAAGGAAUCAGAGACAAUUGGCAGAAGGGAAUGUAUCUGAAGGCGAGGAAGGGCUGCAGGUUGCAUCCUUGCAGCAUAUGGGGACUGUAGGUUGCCUGUAUGACCCUGGUAUGGUGGCAAACUUGGGGACUGCAGGUUGCUCGGGUUUGGAAGUUUGGGGACUGCAGGAAUGGAAAAAGAGUUACCUUAAGCACAUCCAUGAGGAACAGAAUGACCAGUGCAAAGCUCAGUUUCAAAGUGUUGCCACAAUAGUUGACACAGAAAUUGGAAAGUGGUGUAAAGAAGCUGUCAAUGAUAUGGAAUCUCUAUCCCUCAAGCAUUCUCUUGAGCAUUCUGAAAACAAAGAAGAGGAUGGAUUGCCAGGAAAG